AUGGCCCAGAAGUACGGAACAGGCACCAUAUUCGAGGUUCAGAUGUGUCAUGAUGUGGACAUCCAGGCUUUUUCCUUCUAUCUGAGCAACCGAGAGGUGCUGAUCCCGCCAUAUGAAACCUUUGAGGUCGUCAAAGUCACCCUGAAUGGGAAGAGCGCAUGGAUCAGUCUCCGCUACACUGGAACGUUCAGCAAAUACAACUGCACGUGGCUAGUCGCACACUGGUCCCUGUGGACUGUCUUCUCCAUGGCCCCCCUGGCGCUGACCCUGGCACUGCUGGCAAUAAUUGCGGCCACUGCGGCCAUCACAAUUGUGCCCCUGGACAUUGUCCCAAAGGAAAAUUCUGACUCGGAAAACUGUCGAUCUAAUGGUAAAAAAAAGUUGUCAGAACUCAAGCACUUUGAUUUCCUCAAUAAUAACACAUUUGAAAAGGUCUGGACAAAUGCCACGGCCGAGUGGCAGAAACGAGGCUUCGAUUCAUCCACUCUGACCAAAGACCAGGCCAUCGCCCUCUUAGUGUACACAAUGAAGUCCGUGUAUAGUGACUUCAAUAAAGCUGUGCACACAGCUGGAAACUCCAGCCAGGAACACCAGGACAACUUCUACUUCAAAACGCUGGAUUUCCUGCUGACCCAGGCCCUCCAGAAGCUGAGAAACCCUAAUGAGUGUCUGAAUGUGUCCCGGGGGGUGAAGAAUGUCCAGUUCGAUGUGAAACUUGGUGAUAAAGUCCGCUUUGGUGAAUUCACUUCAUUGUCGCUGGACAAAACGGUGGCCCAGGGUUAUGGGACAGACACAAUGUUUGAGGUGCACACGUGCCACGGCGUGGACAUCCAGAAGUUCUCCUUCAAUCAAAGCGAGAAGGAGGUGCUGAUCCCACCCUUCGAGACCUUUGAGGUUACCAAAGUCACUAGGGAAGGGAAGAAGGUGCAGAUUGAGCUUCGCUCCACUGGGAACAGCAGCAAUGACAACUGCGGGCCGCAGCGAGGUGGGAGCCUCCCCAGGAACUCCCCUCACCUUGGGGGUCUUCUCCUGGCUACCGUGGCCAUGGCAGUGGCCGUUGGAACCCUCUAAGGCAUGAGGCCAACAACGUCCCUGUGAUCUUGGGGUCCACUGUGGCCACCCUGAUCACGAAGGCCACCUGGACCCCCAGAGGCCACCAAGGCUACUGAGACCAUUAUGGGCGUUAUGGUCACUUUGGCCACUGUGACCGCUGUGGCCAUUAUUGCCACUGUGGCCACCAUGGUCACUGUAACAAGGCGUCCAUCCAGGGGAAGACCCUCCGAGAGUUGUCCAGCGAGGGAGUGAUGCCAGGAUAGCAGGACCAGCAUGAGGGGGGGUGCCUCACCUGAUGCAUCAAUAAAUUGCCACUUGCUCAUCUCCUGUAUAAGAAAUGUAUCAAAAACUUGAUCCUUGCUUGCCUAGCAUAUCAAAUGUUUAUCAGAAAUUUUAUCCUUCCUUGUCUGAUGUAUCAAAACUUUAUGAAAAUUUGCUGCUGGCUCACCUGAUGUAUCUGCUACAGCUCCUUUUAAUCCCUUUCCUGCAGAGCGCCUCAUUUCCUAAAAUAAAGCAGUUCCUGGAGUUUUUGUUAGAGGGAACUUAAAGCAUUAUUUUUCAAAUUUUGAUCUACAAAGCGGUAUGGAAAAGUUUCAUUUCUUUUUUCUCUUUUCACUGCAGCCCCUCAGAAAGGACCUGGAGGGGCUGGAGCGUGUGUCCAGGGAAGGGAUGGACUUGGGGAAGGGUGUGGAG